CCACCGUUUAGUUAAGUAUGGUCCCAUUGAGAUCUGCUAUUGCAUCUUUCCGUCUUUAUAUAUAUUCCACAUCCGCCUGUAAAUAAAUUGUUUUGAUAUAUCUUGCGAAUUUGUCAUUAUUCCUCCAGACUACUUAACCCGACGUAGCUGAUAAGCUCUUAUCAAGAUGGCUGCCGCUGCCGAAACCGUUCUCAAUGACUUCCCUUCUCUCUUCUCCUUGAAGGGCAAGGUCGUCGUCGUUACUGGCGGAUCUCGUGGCCUGGGACUCCACGCUGCAUCAGGAUUCCUCCAAGCCGGCGCCGCCAAGGUGUACAUCACCUCGCGCAAGGCCAAGGCAUGCGACGAGGCCGUCGCAGCCCUCAACAAGCUCCCAAACCUACAGCCGGGUGCCCAUGCCAUUUCGGUCCCAGCCGACUCGGCCAAGUUCUCCGGAGUUGAGCACCUCGUCCGCGAGGUCAGCAAGACCACCGACCAUGUCGAUAUCCUCUUCGCUAACGCUGGAGCCACAUGGGGCGAGAAGUUCGACACCCACCCCGAUGAGGCGUUCGCCAAGGUCAUGGACCUGAACGUCAAGAGUGUGUUCAACACUGUUAGACUGUUCGCGCCGCUGCUUCAGAAGAACGCGUCUGUCCAGGACACGUCGAGGGUCAUAAUCACCGCAUCCGUUGCGGGCAUUGGAGUUGGAAGCCUCGGUGAAAAUGCCACCUUCGGAUACUCGGCCUCCAAGGCUGCGGCUAUCCAUCUUGCCAAGAACCUCGCUGUCGAGCUUGGCCCAAGAGGAAUCUUGGUUAACGCUAUUGCGCCGGGCUUCUUCCCGUCCAAGAUGGCGAAUGGUCUGUUGGACCUUGCUGGCGGAGCUGAGAAGGUUGCCAGGAGAAACCCAAACAGGAGGUUGGGCUCACCGGAGGAUCUGGCUGGAGCUGUUGUAUUCUUGUCUAGUAGGGCUGCUAGCCACAUCAACGGUGCUACACUGGUGAUUGAUGGCGGAGAAGUUAUAUCGAGGGGGGCCAUGGGCGAGCUGGAAGAUGAGAAGGCCAAGUUGUAGAGAUAUUAGGGUUAUUUAUAGCACACAAUAUAUGUAACAAGUACAAUAAAACCUCUAUAUUAC